UCUCGAGAAAAAAUCUACAGCCUUCUUUUGGCACCGCGCGAGAGCGAGCGAGCGGGAGAGGGAGCGAUGGCGUCACUACAAGCCCAAGUAGUAGUAACGAGAACGAGGUAUAUCUCCACUACUCUCCCACUCCCAAACCCUCCUGCACUAAUAAAAGCCUGCCUCUCCUCUUCUUCGUUGCGAUUAACAAACCCUCUCACUUCCCACCAUCUCUCCACUUCUUCGGCCACAACAAACAACAAACCGUUGGGGUUUCAUCGCCAUCUCCGAUGCUCCAUCGACUACAACGACCACAWCGACUAUUACCACCACAACCGAGUGGUGUACCCUAGACCCUCAGAGAUUCAAUGGAAGAAGGAGCUUUCCAACUCGGUUCACCUUAUCGGCAACGUCGGAGCUCCAGUUCAAAUCAAGCACCUCAACUCCGGGAAGGUCCUCGCCUGGACCCGCCUCGGCGUCAAGAAAUCCGCCUCCGAUACAGUCUGGAUCAAUUUGACAUUCUGGGAUGAGUUGGCACACAUUGCUUAUCAGCAUGUUGAGAAAGGCCACCGAAUAUAUGUUUCUGGGCGCCUGGUCUCAGAUACUGUUCGAGGGGAUGAAGAGAAAAUGCAGACUUACUACAAGGUUGUUGUUCAACAACUGAACUUUGUUGAAAAUAGCUUCUCACAAUUGCCAGUAAAUGAGCAUGGCAAAGACUCUAUAGAAACUGUUGGGAAGAUUGGAAAUGAUGGUGGUACUGAUGCAAGCAGCACAGAACAACUUUGGCAGGCAUUCUUUGCCAAUCCAGUUGACUGGUGGGAUAAUAGGAGGAACAAGAGAAACCCAAGAUACCCAGAUUUCAAGCACAAGCAUACUGGAGAAGCUUUGUGGAUUGAAGCUAAGUACAAUCCACCGUGGGUGAAGUCUCAAUUGGCAAUACUGGACUCGAGGAUGGAGUCUCUUCAUGCUUAUGAAACUAAUAUGCCUGUUUCCUUCAUGUCUGGUGAUGAUUUAAUGCCUUUCUAGUGGGUGGUCCUGACCUAAUACUACUUACUACAGAAUUGAUUCUUGAGAUUAAUUUCUUCCCCUCUAUGUUUCUAAUUUCUUUUCAGAGCUUAUUUUUGUAUGAUGUGUUCCCACUGGCUUCAGAAGUGUUUUCUGGUUAAUUUUACUUCGUAUUAUAAUGGUUCUAGAAGUUAUUUCGUUC